AUGAAGGACCUGGACGGUUCUCUGGAUACCCUGGAAAAUGCCCGCUUCAAUUAUCUCUAUGUAAAGACUAUUGCCAAGUUGGAAAAGGACUCCAUCUUCUCACACAACGAGCUAGUCAGCAUUGUGAUGCUCUAUCAUAAAUUCGUCCUGGUUAAUGGACCCAGAGCUAAAUAUAUGACCAUCGCUCAACUGUCGAUGCUAAUGGAGCUUUUGUUUGAGAUCGAUGAUCGUGAUCUUAGUGCCACUAUUGUGUAUAGAAUAGCCCAUACUCGCGGAUCCAGAUCUCCGGAUUUCUUUCCGGAUAGACAUGUGCAUUUGGAGUCAUUUGUGAGACUAUUCACCAUCUAUUUUACCAGGGAUCUGCAGAUGAAGAUGGAGUUUGCCUUUUCGAUCUACGAUAAGACGGAUUCCCAGCAGUUGAAUGGCGAGCAAGUGGGUUUUUUCGUAAGGAAAUUUUUUGAUUGCGAGGACGAAGACGAGGCCGCUGAACUGCGAUUGGACAUGAAGGAAAUGCUCUUCCUUAAAUUCGACCUGGACAAGGAUACCAAUAUCGGGGCGGAGGAAUAUUACGAGGUGGUUCGUCGACAGCCGGAGUUACUAGAGUGCUUUGGCCGCGUCUUUCCCCCGAAUCCCCAAAUGGAGGUCCUUGCACUAUGCGCCAAUGUAAUGUCCUGGUUUGACGACUCUCCCAAUCCCAGACUUAUGACAAAUCCAGAAACCGAAAGGGCAGUUAGUUAACAGGAUGGUGAUAUAUGAAUCCUAAGUUAUAUCCGAUUUUAAAAUUGUC